CAUAUUAUAUUCGAUUUCCUUGAAAAAAAAUUAUAAGACAGUUCCGUUGAAAUUAAUAUAUAUGUCAAUAUUAAGAAAUGACAACAUAGUAAGUUAUUAAUUAGCCCUCUUUCAGAAGUCAUUCAAUUAUAUCGAACUUAUGCUUCUAUCGUCAUUUCGAAUUUGCCAAUUGUAAUGUUUGCUAAGUAUUAUAUUUGCUAAAAUAUGGUUAUGUAAUGAGCUGGUGCAAACGCGUCCUCGGAGCUAGGGGAAGAGAUAAGCAUCGAUAGGACAUGGAGAUGUGGGCUCAGGAAGGAGCUGAAUACGAGGGGUUUUUGGAGACCUGGCGACCCUUUGUCCAGGCGCGAAAUCUUCUCUCUGCCGUCGAAGUGGUGCUUGACAUAGGCAACACAUCUUAUUCUUAGAAAAUUCUCUGCUCUCGUCCAAUCGCUAAGGCGUUCCCACCGCUAGGGCUGGUGGGCUACUCAUUUUUCUUUUUUUGACAGUAAUGCAUUAUGCAUGUGAUCAAAAUAUCUGACCCAGAAGAACUUGAUUAAUAAGUCAUAUUUUCCACUACUAAAAAAUGCCAAAUACAGAACACCGUGUCCGUACUAGAGUCUUUAAAAGCUUUAUUAUUUAUAAAACGAGUGAAAAUAAGCGGUAUUUAUUGGACCAGAAGAAGUCCAAUACUAUCAGCUGUAUAUUACAGAUCUAAACACAAGAAGGUGUGAAAGAAAGCAGUUAUACAACUGCAGCAGAACAUUCUAGAAGUUUAACCCUUUACCUUGUGGGUCAAGAAAACCUUCCCUCUCAACGAGCGGAGAGCACAAAUAGAUGCCUCUGAUUAUAUAUAAAAGAUUCCUUCUCUCCCACGCUUUCAUAUUCCGGCAAGGGAAAGGGCACAUCGUUGUUAUUCGUCUUCUAUAAAACCCACAGCAAACCCCUUGUUCCGUGUCUCGUAAUCAAACUUCUAAUUACUCUCUUUCAGUUUCCCUGAGGAGAAAAGAAAAGAGGAUCAAAGCGAAGAAACAAUGGAGAAUUCGAUGGCGAGCUUGCUGGCUGAGACCCCCGGCGGCGGCCGGCCCAAGACCAAGAUCAUCUGCACACUCGGCCCUCAAUCUCGCUCCGUCGACAUGAUCUCCAAGCUUCUGGAGGCCGGCAUGAACGUCGCUCGCUUCAACUUCUCCCACGGCACCCACGACUACCACCAGCAAACCCUAGACAACCUCCGCGCCGCCAUGUCCGCCACCGGCAUCCCCUGCGCCGUCAUGCUCGACACCAAGGGGCCGGAGAUCAGAACGGGGUUUCUGAAAGACGGGAAGCCAAUCGAGCUCAAGCAAGGCAGCGAGAUUCUGAUCUCGACCGACUACAACCUGAAAGGCGACGAGACACAAAUCGCGAUGAGCUACAAGAAGAUUGCAGAGGAUGUGAAGCCAGGGAGCAGGAUUCUGUGCUCGGACGGCACAAUUUCACUUAGGGUUUUGUCCUGCGACAGGGACAAGGGGCUGGUCAAUUGCCUGUGCGAGAACUCCGCAACCCUAGGCGAGAAGAAGAACGUCAAUCUCCCCGGCGUCAUCGUCGAUUUGCCCACAUUGACGGAGAAAGACAAGGACGACAUCUUGAAUUGGGGGAUCCCCAACAAAAUCGAUGUAAUCGCACUCUCCUUCGUCCGGAAGGGCUCCGAUCUCGCCGCCGUCCGAUCCCUAAUCGGCGAGAAGAACGCCAAGAACAUAAUGCUCAUGUCCAAGGUCGAGAAUCAGGAAGGAAUCGUCAACAUCGACGAGAUCAUUGCGAGCUCGGACGCGCUCAUGGUCGCGAGGGGCGAUUUGGGGAUGGAGAUUCCCGUGGAGAAGAUAUUCCUCGCUCAGAAGACGAUGAUCCGAAAGGCCAACAUCCAGGGGAAGCCCGUGGUGACCGCGACGCAGAUGCUCGAAUCGAUGAUCAAAUCGCCCCGCCCCACGCGGGCGGAGGCGACCGACGUGGCGAACGCGGUGCUCGACGGGACCGAUUGCGUCAUGCUCAGCGGGGAGACGGCGGCGGGGGCGUACCCGGAGGCGGCGGUGCGGACGAUGGCGCGGAUCUGCGUCGAGGCGGAGAGGUCGAUCGUGUACGGGGACGCGUUCAAGAGGGUGAUGAAGGCGGCGCCCCUGCCGCUGAGCCCGCUGGAGAGCCUGGCGGCGUCGGCGGUCAGGACGGCGAAGAACGUCAACGCGAGCCUGAUCGUGGUGCUGACCCGCGGCGGGAGCACGGCGAGGCUGCUGGCGAAGUACCGGCCGCACGUGCCGAUUCUGUCCGUGGUGGUGCCGGAGAUUGGGAUCGAUUCGUUUGAUCAGGAGUGGAGCAUUAGCGACGAGGCGCCGGCGAGGCACGGGCUGAUUAGCUGGGGGGUGGUGCCGGUUCUGAGCUCGUCGCCGGUGGCGGAGUCGGACCAGGAGUCGGCUGAGGUGUCGGUGGAGAGAGGGCUGGAGGUGGCGAAGGAGAGAGGGAUUUGUAGGGCCGGGGAUUCGGUGGUGGCGUUGCACAGAGUUGGGAUGGUGACGGUGAUCAAGAUUGUUCAGGUUCAGUAGAGUGCGGUGGAGUAGAUUUAGCGCUACGUUUGUUUGUUUUAUUUUUUCUUCUAAAAUUGCUUUGGAUUUUUUUUUUGGUGACGGAGUUGGAUUUGCUUUUUUCGGCUGGAUGUGGUUUUUGUAACAACAUUUAUUUUCGUACAAUGAAGUUUAGGGAGUAGUUAUCAUUUUUUUUUUUUUGGUUUUAUGGUGGCAAUGGGUCGGUUUGGGUUUGACGGGUUGGGUCUUGCUAAAUUAUGAGUUUAUCCGUGAAAAAAAUUGGGGUAAGACUCAUUGGGUUUGGAAAACGCAAACCCAACCCCACCCGCUGGGUAUCCGCGGGUUCAUGGGUACCCAUGAGUUUUUGUCGUAAAAGAAUUUCCAAUAACAAGUUCCUAUCAAAAUAAAAGUUAAAUAUCAAUCUCUCAAUACAAAUUAUCCAUAUAUAAAACAUCAUCCUAGAAAAUUCAAGUACAUAAAAAAUUAACCAUACAAAUUGUUCAAUACCAAUCUAGAAAACUCAAGAAAAUUGAAGCAAAUCACAAACUAUCUAUAAACAACAUGAUUAAUUGAAAACUUUUUUCACCUUCUCAAUUAAACUUCUUUACUCUCCACUCCAUAAUAUCAACUUCAUUCUACACAAUUAAAAAUAAAAAAUUAGGCAUGUCUCCACAAUUAAAUAUACCGAGACAAUUAAUUAUAUAAGUGUGGGCGGGUAUCCAUGGGACGGGUAUACCUAAACCCAAACCCAACCCGGUGAAUAGUGAAUGGGUUUAAACUCGAAUCCAGCCCGAAACCCGUCAAUACGGGUUUUACCCGCAUUGACUGGGUUGGGUCGAUUAGGGUACUCAUGGAUUCGGGUUUUUUUGCCAUCCCUAGUUGUUAUGAGAAACAUGGUUGGAUAAGUAGAACCAAUAAACUAGUUCGGUUCAUUUGAUUGGACAGUAAGGGAUGGAUCGAAUGGAUUUUACCAGUUUGACUAGAAUUCAGAUCAAUCACCCUAGUUUGAUUGGUCCACUGGUUCACUAUUAUAACAAUAAAAAAUUAAGAAACACAAAACUUAAUGUUAACUAAGGUCAUCAAAUCUCAAUCAUGAAUUUUAUUUAUACUUCUUUUUAGUCAUUUCUCGGCUCCUUUUUUGAUUUAUCUGGUUAACUACGGAUUGCCACCUUGAUUACUGACUUGAAUUCAGUUAUAAAAUUAUGAUUUCUUUUGUGAGAUAGUUUCAAUGCUUAGUUAGAACUUUAUUGUGAUAAAUUCGUUUCUAUAUUAGUGUAUUAUAUAUGUCUUUUAUGCUAUAGAUCAUUAAUGGUUUUAUCAAUUGUUAACCUUUGAAUCAUCAACCACUAAUUUAUCCGGUUCAGCAUUCGGUCUGGUUCUGAAAACACUAGUUCUAAAAAUUAUAGCUUUUGUUCCAUAAGCAUUUGCACAAAAAUUUCAACAAAAGCUCAUGUAAAAGUGCUAAAGGGCUUUAAAAGCCUUAAAAGCUAACUUUUAGAUAGUUUUAGAAUUUUGAUAUUCGGGUUUUAGGACCAUAUUGAAUUGAUUUUGGGUUGGUUUUAAUGGCCAAAAAUUAAGAAAAUGACACAGUUUUG